CUAACAACGCGAGUGAUUGACUCCAUUAAUAAAGGAAAUUUCCUUUCGUUCCCAGAGAAAUGUUGGAAAAUUUUGCUUUAGAUGCUGAAGUGUUCGACAAUCCCCUUCUCAAGUGGCAACUAACCACUUUAAAACUUAUGGGAUAUAUCUUUUUACGUACAGAUUCCUUUCGAUUACUGCAUUUUCUUCGUGGGGUUUUGGUUUCAAUCUCCAUAUUCGUCCUGGUUUUUGCACAGGCUCGCAGUAUUUGGCUCCAUUCAGAUAAUUUGGAAAGGCUAAGUCCUGCUUUGGGUUCCAGCAUUACUUAUGGCAACGUGUUUACAAGGGUCAUUGCGUUUUAUUGCUACCAGGAAAGAUACAAUCAAAUGCUGACGCAUGCCAAGGCUGGUUUAAAAAAGAUUCUGGCAACAAGUUUACCGAAGGAAAUUCUACUGUAUAACAGCUACAUAAACUAUAUUACCACAAUGAGUCACACUAUUAUGAUAUUAAUGACAGGGGCAGUUGUACUGCUAUCUAUCGAAGGAGUGUAUUUUAUAAUCCAUCAAUCUCAAGAGUGGACUAUACCGCGACAGGAAGGAAAUUCAACAAAAGCAAAAGGAAUGAAUCAUUUAUUCGUUCUGUAUUGCACAGGAAGUUUGAGUGAAAGCUUCUUUUUCACGUUCAUUUUGCCGUACUACAUGUUGCUCGUCGGCGGAUGCUUUUUCUUCACUUGGCAAACAAUUAGUGCAGCCUUAAUGCGAUUGAUUUCUUUUCGUUUAGAUGUGAUAAAAUAUAGACUUGAAAACAUAUCAGAAUACGCAAACAAUUUAUUGGCUAAAGUUCAGCCUAAUGAAAACCACAAACAUGCUCCGUCCUAUCCUAAGGUCUUGAAGUAUGUUCUUGGCAGUUGCGUGGAAGACCUCACCGAAAUUAAACUUUUUGCCAGCAAUUACGAGCACAUUUCAAGUAUUACUGUUUUCAUAGAAUCUGCAACGACAAGCGCGUUACUGUGCUUACAAUUGUAUAUCCUUUCAAAGGAUUUCAGUGUUGGAGAUAUAAUAUAUGCGUCCUGGAGUGUGGCCACCGUUGGGCUGUUAUGGAUUUAUUAUUGGCACGCUAAUGAAAUUUCAGAUAAGAGUAACGAAAUAACUAAUGCGUUAUACUCGCUCAACUGGUAUGAACAGCCACUUUACCUUCAAAAGGACAUUGCCGUAUUUAUGGCGGCCUCAAUGAAGCCAAUAAUAAUGAAGAGCGCCUUCUUACAUAUUAACAUAGACUCAUUUUGCACGAUACUGAAAACUUCUUAUAGUUAUUUUACGUUUCUUCAAAAUUUUGUGAAAUAAUUGAAGGCGGUAUUAAGUUGGCGACACGCUCUCUCCAAGAGAAUUUUUCAUAGAGUGUCUUGACUUUGCAGUUUUAGUAGCUGACACUGAGAGCAAAUGUUAGAAUUAUUUGCAAUUUCAUUGUUGGCUAAAGUAAUAAAAAUGACAGUAUCCUAAAAA